AUGAAAGCGUACAAAACCAAAACCGGCGAAGUCCGUCUGUUCCGCCCAAGCAAAAAUAUGGACCGUUUAAAUAAAUCCGCCCGCCAGCAUCGCCCUCCCAACCUUCAGCUCAAACGCUCUUCUCGAUACUAUUUCGCGACAUUGGGGUUCAACGCCCCAGGCUCUGCAUUACUAUACGUAAUUACAAGCCCUGUUGGACCUUUCUAUCCAAUUGGGUCCAAAGCAAUCUCUCUCGACGCAACUGACUAUGCCGUGCGCGCAUGGCCUGGAGGUGCUGGGAAUAAAAAGAUAGGUGCUAAUUACGCGCCUUGUAUUGUUCCUCACGUCCGUGCCAUGGCCAGUGGUUUCCAACAAAACUUAUGGCUGUUCGGAAAAGAGGAGUAUGAAUUUAUUACGGCGCCCAUAGACGGUACCAUUCUCGAAGGCGUAACACGUGACUCGAUCCUCGCUUUGGUCCGACAAAGACUUGCACCUGAAGGCUGGGCGAUAUCUGAACGCAAUUUCACUAUGAAGGAUGUGUACGAUGCAUUUAUGGAGGGGAGGCUGAUCGAGGCUUUUGGUGCUGCCACUGCCGCCGUCGUUAGCCCUAUUAGGAACAUCUCAUGGAAGGGCAAAUUUAUUAACUGUGGCCUUGCAGACCACGAGGAGUCAGGCGGAAAUUGCUGCUUGGAUGAAGGCAUGGAUUGA